AUGCGAUACGGAGAGGAUGGAGAUGAAGACGAAGACGAAGAUGAAGAUGAAGAUGAAGAUGAAGAUGAAGAUGAAGAUGAAGAUGGAAUCUCUCGGUGGACACUGCAAGUCAGAUUCAUCUCAGGUGGUUCAACGGAGCCGUUCGUCUUGGCAGAUGCUCGUUUCGGUUUCAUGACGGGGUGA